GCAUUCCUAGCUCAUAGAGACUCAAAGCACGAGCUUGGCUGACCAAAAAUUGUAGCUCCUUGAUUGUCGGCUGGAAUGAAUCUCGCUCCAGGGGAACAGGGGCAUGCGACGGCGGAUGCCAGUGGCUUGCAUAUUGUAGUGCAUCGAUGCAGGCUCGACAGUCCACAGUCACCGAGUCACCGAGUCACCUUGUUGCUAGCCGCCAAGGCCUCCACCCACUCACGGAACAGACGUCUCUUUCCAACUUCCAAUCGCGCCCGUCACACACGUUGUUCCUGCACCUCUCCUCACCCAUCUUCCUGCGCCGUGUCCGCAAGUAGCUGCAGCCAUCGAAGCCCUCGCCCUCCCAACGGGACAUCCAACACCAACCCAGUACCUCCCUGCACCACGAUCUCCACUGGUCUUCUGCGACUGCUGUUUCGGAUUGGGAUUCCCAUUACCGCAUCAUACUGCAGGAAGAAACCACUCCUCCGCACACCAUAUCAAGACGCCGACAUCCAAUAGCAGCUCCUGUGCACAGCAGCAAGUUGCAAGCCUACGAGAACUCAUCUCCACUGGAGCUCUCGCUCUAACUUGUUCUUACUUCGGCCCCGCCAUUCUCACUGUUUGUGCUCGCUCUGCGAAAAUUCUAUCCGACCAUACAGUCAAGCUGCAGCCGGGAAGACAUUCGAACAAAAUCCUGCCACUCUAUCUCCGAUCUUUUCGUGGCUUUGCGACGCGCUCCACAUUCACCGAGACAAAUCGAGCUGCUCGCGUUCUCAGAACCGUCCUGACAGCCCUUGUACAACUCGAGGAACCUUGUUAGCUGGCCUCCAGACCCCUCUCCUCCUGCAUUCUCGUGCAUGCAAUCCUGAUCUCGUAGAGCUCAACAGUUGAAACCCGCCGCAGCUACCUCUCGGCAGUCAUUCAUCAUGGGUGCGUUUCUAUUCAUCAGUCCCUCUGCCCCAGUUUUGCCCUUCCCUUUUCCGCAUUGGCCCGUGGCCUCAUCACCCUGUCUUGCCCUAAAUUCUGCUUUGUUCACCUUCGCUGCGUCAAUCUCGUCCUUGUCCACCUCAUCCUUCACCGUUCUUUUCAUCAUCCGAUCAUUUCUUGGUUGAGAUUGUUACUUGGCUAACUGUUUGGACGUACAGUAAGUGACACAAUUUCUCGUCUCGCGUACAGAUCGAAACCGUCAAUGGUUCGAAUCGGAAUCGAGGUGAAGUGCAAAUUCACUUUGAAGCCAUUGUCAAUUGGCCUGGGACUCCACUUCCGCCUUAUGCCCUUCACCAGCAACAACCGAAACGAAUAGGCGAAAUUCACCGCACAUUCACCUGCCCAACAAUCACACGAGCCCUCAUUUUCACGUGCGACAUUGUCUUCACUUCACCUGCGCAUCCUUUAAAUUCAACCUCACUUCGCGCGCAGUAUGAUCACGUUGACCAGACAUUUUUCUGACUAUCCCCAACAGAGAGACCGAUCUCGCUCACCCCGUCGCCGUUCGCGCAGCCCUCGACGAACCCGACGCUCCUACUCUCCCCGUAGCCGCUCUCGCAGUCGAGGCGACGACUACCGACGCAGUGAACGCCGAUCCCGAAGUCCCAUGAGUGGUGCACCAAACUCGUCAGGAGGAUACGCAGGGUCAGGCUACGGCGGUAGAGGCGGCGGACCACCCAGAUCCACCGAAGAUCGUGCUGCUGCAAAAGAGCAAAUGAUGCAAUCGGUGCGCGAAUCAUCUCAGCAAGACCGCCGAGUCUAUGUUGGCAAUUUGGCUUACGACGUCAAAUGGCAUCAUCUCAAAGAUUUCAUGAGACAGGCUGGAGAAGUUCUCUUUGCUGAUGUCUUACUACUUCCAAAUGGAAUGUCGAAGGGAUGCGGGAUUGUGGAAUACGCAACUAGGGAUCAAGCCCAACAAGCUAUUCAAACACUCAGCAAUCAGAGCCUGAUGGGACGUCUCGUCUAUGUGCGCGAGGACCGCGAAACUGAACCUCGAUUCAUCGGACCGCCAGGCCGCGGCGGAGGCAACAUGGGCGGCCCUCCACGAGGAGGUUACGGCGGGGGAGGAUACGGCGGCGAUGGCUAUGGCGGCGGUGGUGGUGGCGGCGGAGGCCGUCAACUCUACGUGUCCAAUCUUCCUUUCAACGUUGGUUGGCAAGACCUGAAAGAUUUGUUCCGAGGCGCUGCACAGGAAGGAGGUGUCAUCCGGGCCGAUGUCCACACGGAUCAAACAGGUCGACCAAAAGGUACUGGUAUUGUCGCGUUCGAAUCCGCUAACGAUGCUCGCAACGCUAUCCAACAAUACAACGGCUACGAUUGGCACGGUCGAGCCCUCGAGGUUCGUGAAGAUCGAUACGCAGGAGGUGGACCUGGCAUGGGUGGUGGCUAUGGUGGCCGCGGGGGUUAUGGAGGCGGUUUCGGCAUGCGCGGUGGUUUCGGUGGUGGCAGAGGAGGAUUUGGCGGGCGCGGAGGCUUCGGAGGCGGUGGCUAUGGACGAGGUGGAUAUGGAGGUGGCUACGGUGGUGGUGGUGGCGGUGGGGGAGGAGGAUACGGUGGCCCCGGUGCUCCUCAGGAGCCAGUUGCGCCAAACCCCUUCACCGACAACGCCACCUAUGGAGGUGAACGGAGUGAGAUCAUCUUCGUUCGAAACCUUCCAUGGUCCACCAGCAACGAAGAUCUGGUCGAACUGUUCACCACUAUUGGCAAGGUCGAACGUGCAGAGAUCCAGUACGAGGCGAACGGACGAUCCAAGGGAACUGGAGUGGUUCAGUUCGACAGCCCAGAAAAUGCUGAGACUGCCAUCUCAAAGUUCACCGGCUACAUGUACGGCGGUCGUCCCCUCGGAUUGACAUUUGUCAAGUAUACCAACGCCAACGGGAACGAAAUGGAAGGUCAAGAAGCUACUGGUGGCAUGACACAAGAUCAAAUGAUGUGAAAUCGUCCUUGGCAGAGGCUACAUCGACGCCCUUGACCUUCUGCGACGGCCUAUCCUUUCUUGAAUACACCCCUCCAGUGGACGGUUUUCUUCGAUACAUUCCACCUUGUACCUGUACCAGACGACCCCCGGUGGUCGAUGCCCAAAAUUUCUUGGGAGCUUCUGCAACAGCUCCUAUUUCUUUCAUACGCGGAAAAAAAGUGGUAUUCAGAAUGAUCAUAGGUGAAUUAAGACUGCGGUGGAUUUACAUCGGUUGGGGCAGCUCUAUGUUGCAGGAAAUCAUAUGGAAUUGGGACUGCCUCGACCGUUCAUGUGCGAGGGGUCAAGUCUAGGUAGUGGCGAGCUGAAUGUUGCUCGCUAAGGAUUCCAAGCUCGGCAGAUGAAGUCGUCACAACCCCAAACAAUCAGAUGAGUUCCCCGUGGUAGAAGGACGGCUCGGUUCUGAUAAGACGGCGGUACCGGAAGGUUCAUGUUUGCUCGUGCAUACUGCUUGAUGGCUUGACGAGCUGGGUGCAGAAGCUUCAGCAGUGUCUUUGGCUUCACUUGAGGCCUCAUAUUUCCGAACACUUUGGCGAGUGAUGGUGAUGGUGAUGAUGAUGCAAGGAUACACCCCGGUAUUUGUACAGUAGGGCGAAAUGUAAACCGUCGACAGCCAUCCAACCAGUGUACAAGAAUGGCAAACACUCGACAUCUGCGGUAAUAUUGGUAGAUGUUUGCAUCGCCUAAAAUUGCU